GGACCCCGACCGUCAUGUUAAGGUAAAGCAGAGGGGCUCAGUGCUGAACAUGCUAAAGAGGCUGGACAAAAUCAGGUUCAGAGGUCACAAGAGAGAUGACUUCCUCGAUCUAGCAGAGUCUCCAAAUGCCUCAGACACCGAAUGUGGAGAUGAAGUGCCCCUGAAAAUACCUCGGACCUCGACCCGGGACAGCGAGGAGCUGAGGGACCCUGCUGGUCCGGGGACCCUCAUCAUGGCUGCAGGAGUCCAGGACUUUAACCGGACAGAGUUUGAUCGAUUAAAUGAGAUCAAAGGUCAUCUGGAAAUCGCCUUAUUGGAAAAACACUUCUUACAGGAGGAGCUCCGGAAGCUGAGAGAAGAAACCAACUCAGAGAUGCUUCGACAGGAGCUGGACCGGGAGCGGCAGCGGCGGAUAGAGCUGGAGCAGAAGGUCCAGGAAGUGCUGAAGGCCAGAUCUGAGGAGCAGACAGCCCAGCAGCCUCUGAAGGGGCAGGCCCAGGCCAACAACGGAGCAGACCGGCGCAGCCAGGGGCUGUGCCCCCGUGUCCAGAAGUGGUUCUACGAGAAGUUUGGGGAGUACGUGGAGGAUUUCCGGUUCCAGCCCGAGGAGAGCACCGUGGAGACGGAGGAGCCCCUCAGCGCCCGGAGGUUGACGGAAAACAUGAGACGACUAAAGCGCGGCGCCAAGCCCGUCACCAGCUUCGUGAAGAACCUCUCUGCCUUAUCCGACUGGUACUCCGUCUACACGUCUGCCAUUGCCUUCACCGUGUACAUGAAUGCCGUGUGGCAUGGCUGGGCCAUCCCCAUGUUCUUGUUUCUAGCAAUUUUGAGGUUAUCCCUCAAUUACCUCAUAGCCAGGGGCUGGAGGAUACAGUGGAGCAUCGUGCCUGAAGUCUCUGAACCAGUGGAGCCUCCAAAGGAAGACUUGACUGUGUCUGAGAAGUUCCAGCUCGUGCUGGAUGUCGCCCAGAAAGCCCAGAACCUCUUCGGCAAGAUGGCCGACAUCCUGGAGAAGAUCAAGAACCUGUUCAUGUGGGUCCAGCCUGAGAUCACGCAGAAGCUGUACGUCGCGCUGUGGGCGGCCUUCCUCGCUUCCUGCUUCUUCCCCUACCGCCUGGUGGGACUGGCCGUGGGGCUCUACGCUGGGAUCAAGUUUUUCCUCAUUGACUUUAUCUUCAAACGCUGCCCGAGACUGCGAGCCAAAUAUGACACCCCCUACAUCAUCUGGAGGAGCCUGCCCACGGACCCCCAGCUCAAGGAGCGCUCCAGCACCGCCGUGUCGCGCCGGCUACAGACGGCCUCCUCCCGAAGCUACGUCUCCAGCGCGCCCGCCAGCCUCAACAAGGAUGAAGACACUGGCCGCUUCCACGGUACCAAGAAAGGCAAUUUCCACGAGAUCUUUAACUUGACGGAAAAUGAGCGACCGCUGCCGGUGUGUGAGAAUGGCUGGCGCUGCUGCCUGAUAAACCGCGACCGCAAGAUGCCCACCGACUACAUCCGCAAUGGCGUUCUGUACGUGACGGAGAAUUACUUGUGCUUCGAAAGCUCCAAAUCCGGUUCUUCCAAGAGAAACAAGGUCAUCAAACUGGUGGACAUCACAGACAUCCAGAAGUACAAGGUCCUCUCUGUCCUCCCGGGCUCGGGCAUGGGGAUCGCUGUGUCGACGCCCUCAACCCAGAAAGCACUGUCGUAGGGGCUGGGACGUUGCUGUGACGGGCCAGUGGUCCCUGGGGGACCGGGCACCCAGUGAACACUCUCGGGACUGUUGCACCCCCCCACCCCGACUCUCCUGAUGACGAGCCCCUCUGCAGCACAGCCCCAGAAGACAGGCGUGCGAGCUCCUGGCCCUGCAGGGACGCCUGCUCUGGGGAUGGACACGGGUGAGGAGGGGUCGGAGCUCAGGGUGUGGGCAGCACGGGCCCCUCCCUGCCCACCCUUGCGGAUGGGGCUCCCGGUUUGCCUGUAUUUAAUGUGUCAGUAAAGUAGCACAAAUAAGUCUAAUUGCUAUUGUAAGAACUACUUGGGGACUGUAUUUUGGUAGAAUCGGUAUUGUUGGCAGUCUAUAUAUUUUUAGUUUGUGCGUUUACAGCAGUGCAACAGCUGAAGCUCUUGGCUUCCCCCUGGGGCGUCCGUGAAACCAAAGGAAGCGCCUUGGUGGCCUAUGGUACUUGGGCCUUUAUUCUUGGGGAGACCGAGCCCCUGCCCGGCUGCUGAAAUCUGCUCCCCCUCCACACGCCGGAGCUGGGAAGCCCGCCCCUCUCCUGCAGGGUCCCGGCACCUCCUCCGUCACGGGCUGGCAUCGUGCUGGGGGUGCAGGGCUCCCAGCAUGUGGGCGGCAGAGGUGGGGGGCGGGCACCCUGGGCCCUGCUCCUUUAGAGACACUGUUGUCCCUUCUGUACUGGGAGUCAGCGCUUGCUGGCACAGAUGGGGGGAGAUGAAAUGGGUAAGGUCCUAAAGGGAGCUACUCAACUAUUCCUACUUGUAGAUGAUGGUACAGUAGAAAACCCCCAGAUCUGGAGGUAAGGUGUUUUUUUUUUUUAAGAUUUUAUUUAUUUGACGGAGAGAGCACAAGUGGGGAC